GUACUCCGUGCGGCGCCGCGGCUCUAGAACGGGCGAAGAGAAAGGAGGAAAGCGGACUCACGAACACACACUGAUGCUGAUGAGAGCAGCGCGCAUGGUGUCAAAGAAUGCCACGGCAAGCCAGGGGUUUCCCAUCAUCUACACUAAAGGAAGACGUUUUUGUCUCGCUGACUACAUUCUUUGUUUUUGACCUGAAAUCAUAACUGCAGCUAAUGCUGCAUAACCCAUUAAAAUGCCAGCGGGGCUGAAUGCGCAAGGCAGCGGUAUACCUAUUUCAGAUACGAUGGGGUCAUUUAAGAGGAGAAAAAGAAAGUCAAUUAUAGUCACAGUGAUGCUUCUUAUUGUAUCCAUACUUAUCCUGAUCUUUGGGCUGGCCGCAACCACAAGGACACAAAACAUUACUGUGGGCGGCUACUAUCCUGGAGUCAUUCUUGGCUUCGGAUCCUUUCUUGGAAUCAUCGGCGCCCAUUUGAUAGAAAAUAAGAGGCAGAUGCUGGUGGCCUCCAUUGUCUUCAUCAGCUUUGGUGUGGUGGCUGCCUUCUGUUGCGCUAUUGUGGAUGGAGUGUUUGCUGCAAGACAUAUAGACCUGAGACCUGUGUAUGCAGGCCGAUGUGAAUAUUAUUCCAGUGGAACCUCUUUUGAUAUAGAUGUCGUAUGUCAAACUGCAUCUCGGGUCUCGUGUAACCUGCGUGUGAAGAGCAACACCUGCUACUGCUGUGACCUUUACAACUGUGGAAAAGAGCAUCCUCUUAUGGGACUUCAGAAUAAAGAGGUUUUGAAAAAAUUUAGGAAAUCCUCCAUGAUUUGGAAUCGAGUGGAGCUGCGAGGUGGAUAUCAUGAGUACACGGAGGUGCGGAGCUGCCAGGAUGUUGUGCAUCUUUACCAUCUGCUGUGGUCUGCUACUAUCCUCAACAUUAUUGCCCUGUUUCUGGGCAUCAUCACAGCAGCGGUCCUGGGGGGCUUUAAGGACAUGAUGCCUACAGAAGCACCAGAUUCCUGUGAGCCAGAACCUCUCCCUGUACCACCACCCCCAGUGACCACUGGACCCACCACCUCCGACUCUUUUUACAACAAUGCCCCCUGCUUACCUCCAUACUCCGCUUAUGACUUUCAGGGUGCCAGCAUGUUUCCUGACUCUGCCGGCCUGUCUGAUGAUUCCCAGUCUGGAACCAGUCACAUGUGGCCAACUAUGAUCCCACCUCGAUAUUCUCCUCCGUAUUAUCCACCUGAUGAGAAGCCCCCUCCAUACAGCCCCUAAGGGACCAGCCUGAGGAGCAAACCGAUAGGUUUUGCUGCCAUGUGGGCAUUUCUGGAUAUUAGUGUCACCAAUCAUAAACAAUCAUUGUUCUGAAUGAACAAAAUCUGCAGAGGAGGUUCUUCAGAUUGAGUGCCAUUGGUUAUUAAGGGAGGCUGUGUGAAGAGACUACAGCAUCCAUCACCAUAGAACAGAUGUAAUAUGCAACAUUAAACCUUGAACACAUUUGCUCGAGUCAACAAAUCGGAUGUGUAAAAUAUUCAUGCGAUACAGCCUCUGUACAUUAGGACUAUACCUUGUAACAACUAGCCUCGCAAUGAGAUCAAGACUGUUCACAGAUAAGCCUUAAAAUGUGUGUCCGCCUCCUGUACAGUUCCUCCCGGCUUGCCAUCUCUCCCUAUUAGUGAUAAUGUCUGUGAGUCACUUGUGAUUCAUUCAUCCUCUACCUGACUCAUUGUGAACCUCUCUCUUCAAAAUUGGCACAGUGUCUGUCUCAGAUCUUAUCUUUCAAUUGAUUUGCACUUUAUUGUUUUUAGAAUUGACUGUAUUCACAGUUCUAGAUUAUUACUUGAGUUGUUUUUAACUGUUUUUGGCAGCUAGAUUGCAAAGAACUGUACAUAUCGAGGCAGAAUCUUACUAUUUUCCUUAGUGCUUAUUAGGAGGUUAAGAUCUAACCUGUGUUAUGUGGCGUUUCUUCAGCAUUAAGUCAAGCACUCAAUCAGGUCAUAAAUUCAAAUAAUCUUAUGUGACAAAAAAAUGUCCUUUGCUUGAAUUAUGCAAAGUUAUAAGGUUUUAAAUAGUUGUAUGAAAUAUUAGGUCUCACUUUCAUCUGCCUUUUUGUUUUGCUGUUGUUUCUAUCAAGAAAUGACAGACCUCACCAAAUGUAAAAAGCUUUGCAAAAACAAUAUUACAAAAACAAAAUUGCACAAAUUAAAAAUAACUUAAUUUUCACAAUGUAGUAACAAAACCAGUUAACAUUCUGUUCACUUUGCAGAUGAUAUCUAUAUGUGCAAUGUGAUACAUGUUGUACAUAAACAAUCAAACUGCCUUCUCGUAACACAACAGAAUGAAGUCUUAAGACUUGUAGUAUUCUUUUUGUCUGUUUGUGUAUUCACUGUGAAUGUUAAGUCUGUAAACUGUACUUUAUGUGCGUGAUUUAUACCAAGAACAUUGUCCUUUACUAAAGCUAAACUAGUAGAGCUAUUACAAUGCAACAGUCUUAUUACUACCUGGUUGACCGUAACUAUGUUGUGCUUAGGGUUUUUUGGCUUGUAACAUUUUUUUACCAUAAUUAUGUUAAGCAUUAUUUACCAUUGAUUUUGAUAUGGAAUGGUGACUAUUUUUAUUAGUACAACAAAUCUGCAUGUUCAAAAAACUGUCGCUUGCAUUUGACAUUGUAUUUAAAUCCAUUAUAGACGGUUUCAUUGAACGCACGUCCUUGGACCGAAGUCAACUUCUGGUCUGCGUUUAGUUAUAAUAUAACAAUUUUAGUUUAGUAUUAAUUUAUUUAUAUUAUUAUUGUAUAUUAUAUUAUUUGUAUUACAUUAAAUUCAAAUUACUCAAAAGUUA